AUGGAACAAGAGGGCGUCCCAGUUAUCCAGGCACUGUGCCAUGCGCAUCUUGACUCUCCCAGCACCUCGUCCCCAGGAGUCAUUGUUUACGUCGACACCCACUUGGACCCAUUGACGCCCCAUCAAGUUGCUGCGCUAGAUACCGCUAUCGACACCGAGCCUGCCUCAUUACAAGAAAAUAUCAUGGAUACACCACCAGCGUCAUCUCAGGAGCAGAAGAGCAAAACCGACGACAGUACCGACAGUACCGCAAAUACCAUCUCGUCUAUCCAACAGGAGUCGGUGUCUAGUGUUGAAGAGGCAGCAGUGGACAACGGCGCAGAUAUCGGCAACUUUGCUUCCAGCGAAUCAGUUCGACAAACGGAAGCAUUACUGUGCGACGUCAUGUCAGCUGUUGCGAUCGAAACGCCAACAUCUUCCGAAGUCGACAACAAACUACAGGUGCAAGCACCGCAGGAGUCUGCGUCCAUCAUCUCCACGGACUUUACCCAAACGAGCAUCAAUGCCAAUCUCGGCGACAAGGACGCUCAGGUGACUCUUGGAGACAUGUACAAUGAAGGCAAGGGCGUGCAACAAGACUAUAAAGCCGCUAUGGAAUGGUACCUCCGAGCCGCCGAACAAGGAGAUGCCGUUGGUAUGUGCAAAGUAGGCGUCCUCUAUGAUCAUGGACUCGGUAUCACACAGGACCACUCCACAGCGCUCACCUGGUAUCUCAAAUCUGCAGACCAAGGAAACGCCCAGGCCCAAUCCAACAUUGGUUAUUGCUACCACUUUGGUCAAGGAGUCCCUCUGGAUUAUUCGAAAGCGAUGGAGUGGUUCCUUAUAGCCGCUGGUCAAGGAAACGCAGAUGCGCACAUACACAUCGGCAAUAUGUAUAACGACGGUCUUGGUGUUCCCCAAGAUUUCACCCAAGCAUUGGAGCGGUACCACAAGGCUGCCGAACAGAACGACUCCUAUGCCCAAACUAACAUCGGACACUACUACCGAUUCGGACAAGGAGUGGUGCAGGAUUUCUCCAAGGCGAUGGAGUGGUACCUCUUGGGUGCCAACCAAGGAAACGCAGACGCACAGAACCACAUCGGCAAUAUGUAUAACGACGGUCUUGGUGUACCGCACGAUUACUCCCAAGCAUUCGACUGGUACAGCAAAGCCGCCGCACAGGACUAUCAACACGCGCAACAUAACCUCGGUGGACUGUAUCAUGACGGUGCGGGAGUGAUGCAGGACUAUUCCAAGGCAAGGGAAUGGCUUGCUAAGGCGGCCGAGCAAGGAAACGUACAUUCGCAGUACCACCUCGGAUGCUUGUACCAUGACGGACAAGGAGUGGAACAGGAUUAUGUUCAGGCGAUGACAUGGUACCGCAAAGCUGCUGAUCAAGAUUACAUGAAUGCACAAUACAGCAUUGGGCGCAUGUACCAGAACGGUCACGGUGUGCCUGUAGACUACUCGCAAGCAUCGGUGUGGCUCCUCAAGGCUGCCAAGGAAGGCCACAACGAGGCUCAGUACGCCGUUGGGAGACUGUAUGAGUACGGUGAUGGAGUACCGCAGGAUGUUACGACAGCGAUGGAGUGGUAUCUGAAGGCUGCCAAACAGUGUAGCUGGGAGGCGCGGACCCGCCUUGCGUAUUUGCACCGACAGGGAUCCUAUUUCUUUUGA